AUAUCAAAGGUGUGGCAACGAGUGUGGCGGUUUGGUCUGUCUCAGUGUGUUUUCUUAUUUUAUUUUGCUUGUUAUUUCAUUCAUAUUCUGGAAUAGAAAAUAAAUCCGAAUCUAUAUCUGUUUUUAUUGUUUAUAUUAAAAUAAAUAAUUAAUAUGACUUUCCAAAACCAAAGCGUUGCUUCUAAUUGUCCCUUUGACUUGCUGACGAUCGAGAAAAUGAUACUGGAAUUGGCGGAAUUCUUUGAUAUCCGCAUAGUAUGGGACAAGAACGCUGCAAUAGUAACUACAGUAUGCACAAUAGUUGGAGGAGUCAUCGGUGCGUAUGCAGGGGGGACGAUGGCUGGAGUUCUCGGCGCCGGCGUUGGAGGCGCCGCUGGCUUUGCCGCCUACACAUUAAUACCGCUGAGAGAGAUCUGGGAGACCGUGAAGGAGGAGUUAAAAGCUUUACUAUACAUAGUAUACAACUACCUGCGUGAGUUGCACCCUGAUGACUACAUACAAGCAUUCAAACUUGUAAUGGCGUGCACAGAAAGUCGACAGCAGUGUGUUUACUUAGUAAUUGACUUCAUUGCUCAUAUAUUAAGACGCAAGACUUGUAUUAAGAUGCCAGAUAUAAAUGAUUUGGGUUCCGGUGAAGAUCAGGCAACACAGUCAAACGCGAAACCAAUCCAUAAAGUUAAGCCACAGAGGGCGCCAGGGUCGACAGAAAAGGAUAAAUUGAAAGGGAGUCAUGCACCAGACGCGUCCAGUUUAAAAAACACUCGUGAAACGCAAUCAUUAAAUGAUAAAACGGAGCCAUUUUUGGCCCUUGUCGCUGUUAAAUAUAAACAGUACUCGCCUCGAACUAAAGCUAUAGUAGAACAUAGGAUACAUAACAUUUUGUUUGAAGCCGACAUGGGUUUGUUCGACGAAUCGCCAAGUACUGCAAAUACAGUAAAUAGUACAAUACCAACUCAGUAGUACGGAUAUAAGCUUCAAUAACGUCUUAAUUACUAAGGUCAAGAUCUAAGAACAUUCCCCUAAUCAGAUUUUUAUUUAAAUACUAGCUGACCCCGUAAACGUUGUUUUACCACUUAUUGAGAAAUAUAAAAAUCGCGAUUAAAAUACAGCGGUUGAUCGUAAAACGGUGAAAAUUUAAAGUUGUGUGUAUUUUUCAAUGCUAAAUCAUAAUAAAAUAAAAAUGGAAAAAUUUGUUAAAAAAAUAAAACAAAUUGUUUUUGGGGAGGGUCACCCUUAUCAUUGAGAGUUAUGAAAAAUAGAUGUUGGCCGAUUCUCAGACCUACCCGAUAUGCACACCAAAUUUCAUAAAAAUCGGUAAAGCCGUUUCGGAGAAGUUUGGUAACAAACACCGCGACACGAGAAUUUUAUAUAUAAGAUAUGAGCAUUUCUUAUGUAUUAACUCUUAAAAGCCUGAUUUUUUUAAUCAAAUUAAAAAAUAUAUAAGUGUACCCUUUACUGAGUUUACUAAUGGGGAAAAAUAGUAAAAAAAAAUCAAAACGAUAUUUUUAUAUAUUUAUUUUGAAAAAAACAUUUGGUAACAUGUAAACAGCCAAAUAUUAAAAUAAAAUCGUUUGUAGGUGCCCAAUGUGAUUUAUAACCCCGGUAUUAAAUUUGAAACUUCAGGUAUUUAAGGGUUAACGUAUGAUUAUUUCAAUGUGUUGCUACGAUUGUCACAUAUUUCUCACCACAUCUGCUCUUCAUACGCUUUCCGUUUUUACCCAACGGUUAGCUGGUAGAGAAUGCCAUAUGGCAUUAAGCUCGCCAUUUUUACAAAGUUUUAUUGUGAAAUAAAGAAUUAAUAAAUAAAUGAACAUACCGUUCACAAAAAUUUACAUUAUGAGAUAUGAAUUUUUUGAGAUUUGUAUAUUGUAUUUUUUUUUUAUACAACUUAGAAUGGCAAACAAGCUAACGGCCCACCUGAUGGAAAGUGGUAACCGUCGCUUAUAGACAUGAGCAGUACCAUGGACAUAACAGUACACACACAUACUGUUUCGCCCAUGAUAACCCCCAAUGCGUUGCCAUUCCUUAGGGCUCAGGUGUUAUUCCUCUGUACCCAGUAAAUUCACGCCAUAUGCCGCCCUUCAAACCGAAACACAGCCAUGCAAACACAACUGCUUCACGGUUGAAACACGAAUGGAACAGAGGUACCCAAGCAAUCGACUUUUGUACAAAGUCUCCCUCUGGUAAGGUUAACAUUGUGUUAAUGUCAAGUAUAUAAUUACUAUUUUUUUUCUCUUUUUUUUUUUAAUGACUCUUAAUUAAUUUAAUCAAUAUUCUUUUAUGUGGUACAUUAAAAUAGUCUUUAACCCUUUCCACUCCACUAUCGAGUGUCACUCAACAUGUUUUAUUCCACCAGCUCCACUGUCGAGUGACACUCGACAUUAGUUUUAUUCCACCAGCUCCACUGUCGAGUGACACUCGACAUUAGUUUUAUUCCACCAGCUCCACUGUCGAGUGACACUCGACAUUAGUUUUAUUCCACCAGCUCCACUGUCGAGUGACACUCGACAUAGUGUAAUACUUCUUUUACCAUACCAAAAGGGAUUAUAAAGAUUAGAAUUAAGAAUUAUAAUAUAUUAUCCUGUAAUUACUCUUAAAAUAAAGUUUAUCAUAUAAGAAAAAAUACAAUUUUAUUUACAAAAUACGAAAAAACCCCUAAAAGUUAAAGAACACAAUUUUAGCGUGGAGCUGGUGGAAUAAAAAGAAAAAAGGCUUGGAAUGGAAAGUGUCGAGUGAAUAGAGACAUUUCUUAGUAAGCUAAUUGUUAAGUUUCUCAUUAUAUUUUUUGUCUGUCAGUCGAAGGACCAAAAUCUACUGGACAGUUCGAGAAGAAAGUUAAUUUUUCUCCGUAGGUUUUUAGUUGGAUAAUAUUACUUCGGGAAAUUUUAUAAAAUAAAACCACGUAUUAAUCCUGUUCCUUUUUUCCGGAGCCAUUUUUUAAUAACUUUUUUAUUGUAAUAUUUAAAUAGUUUUUUUUUUUCCGGAUCGAAACAAAGCUCUGUAUUCUGUCGGUAAUUUGUAACAGAUGAAUAAAGUUAUUUUUAGUAUGAAAUGAAUUUAUUUUUUAAUCUUAAAUUAUUAUUUUUUUCUGUUUAUGUCGUCAAUCAGUUGUCAGACUAUUAUAAGUUGAUUUACCGAUUAUCUUAAAAGCUGAGUGGCCAGCAUCUUUAAUACUAAAGACUAUUAUUAAAGACUAUUACUGCACCAACCGGAUUAUUUAUUAAUGUUAUAUCAAACACCCAUUAAAAAAAAAAAAAAAACAAAAUAGGGAAUUAUUUUGCG